CCCACCGGAAAGCCCGGGGAGGUGGCCGGCGCGGCGGGAGGGUGGGAGCCAUGGCGGCGAUCGCGGUGGGUGCGGGUGCCGGGCGCUGGGAGGUGGUGAAGAAGGGGCGGCGGCCGGGAGCCACCGGCGGCGGGCGCGGCGGCGGAGCGGACCGCCGGACCCUCGGGGAGGCGAACGGAGUGUGGAAAUACGACCUGACCCCUCCCAUCCAGACGACAACCACCCUUUAUGAGCGGGGCUUUGAGAAAAUCAAGAAGAAGCAGAAUAAGGAGCAGGUUCCGCCCCCCGCCGCAGAGCCUAAGAAACCCUCCAACAAGAAGCAGACGAAGAAGAUGGCGACCCUCAGCAACCAAAGCCAGAAGCAGGGCCGCUUCCGCAGCCUGGAGGAGGCCCUGAAAGCUCUGGACGUGGCAGCCCUGCAGAAGGAACUGGACAAGAGCCAGAGCGUGUUCUCUGGGAACCCAUCCGUGUGGUUGAAGGACCUGGCCAGCUAUCUCAACUACAAGCUCCAAGCCCCCCUGAGUGAGCCCACGCUAAGCCAGCAUACUCACGAUUACCCCUACAGCCUGGUGAGCCGUGAGCUGCGUGGGAUCAUCCGAGGGCUGCUGGCGAAGGCGGGGUCCCUGGAGCUCUUUUUUGACCACUGUCUGUUCACCAUGCUGCAAGAGCUGGACAAGACUCCAGGGGAGUCGCUCCAUGGCUAUCGAAUCUGUAUCCAGGCCAUUCUGCAAGACAAGCCCAAGAUUGCCACCAUGAACCUGGGCAAGUUCCUGGAACUGCUGAGGUCCCACCAGAAUCGACCAGCAAAGUGUCUGACCAUCAUGUGGGCCCUGGGUCAAGCAGGUUUUGCCAGCCUCACCGAGGGGCUGAAAGUGUGGCUGGGGAUCAUGCUGCCUGUGCUGGGCAUUAAGUCCUUGUCCCCCUUCGCCAUUGCAUACCUGGACAGGCUGCUCCGGAUGCACCCCAACCUCACCAAGGGCUUUGGCAUGAUUGGCCCCAAGGACCUCUUCCCACUUUUGGACUUUGCCUAUAUGCCCAACAACUCCCUGACACCCAGCCUGCAGGAGCAGCUGUGUCAGCUCUAUCCCCGAUUGAAGGUGCUGGCAUUUGGGGCAAAGCCGGAAUCCACCCUGCACACCUACUUCCCCUCCUUCCUGUCCAGAGCCACCCCUGACUGUCCUCCUAAGAUGAGGAAAGAGCUCCUGAGCAGCCUGACCGAAUGCCUGACGGUGGACCCCCUCAGUGCCGGUGUCUGGAGGCAGCUAUACCCCAAGCACCUGCCACAAUCCAGCCUGCUGCUGGAGCAUUUGCUCAGGUCCUGGGAGCGGAUUCCCAAGAAGGCACAGAAGUCUUUGCAAGAAACCAUUGAAUCCUUCAAGCUUACCAACCAGGAGCUGCUGAGGAAAGGCAGCUGUAAUAACCAGGAUGUCAUCACCUGUGACACAGCCUGCAAGGGCCUGUUGCAGCAGGCUCGGGGUUUCCGGCUGCCCUGGACACGGCUGCUCCUGUUGGUGCUGAUCUUUGCCAUAGGUCUCCUGUGCCACGACUUCCGGUCACACAGCUCUUUCCAGGACUCCCUUUCUGGCCGGUUGCUUCAAUCAUCGGGCUUCUUGCCUGCUGGCCAACAAGCAUGUGCCAAGAUCUACUCCUACAGCUGGCAAGGCUACAGCUGGCUGGAGGAGACGCUGCCGGCCUGGGGCUCUCACCUGCUGACUGUGGUGAGGCCCGGCCUGCAGCUCGCCUGGACCCCCAUCAAUGCCACAGUCAGCUUCCUUUCCGCCCACGGUGCCUCCCACCUUGUCUGUUUGGGUGACAGCCUCGCCAGCCUCUCCCAGAGGAUCCAGCUCCCUGAUGUCCUGAACCAGCUCCUCCAUUCUCUGAGGGAGCUGCUCCUGCUGCUGCACCACAGCGUGCUGUUGCCAUUGUGGCACCUGCUGCUUGAGGCCCUGGCCCAGGCCCAGCAGCACUGCCACCAGGUGUGCAGAGGUCCGGUGACCUGGGACUGCGUGAAGACACAGCUCAGCGAGGCUGCCCACUGGACCUGGCUCUGCCUACAGGACAUCACGGUGGCUUUCUUGGACUGGGCACUUGCUAUGAUAUCCCAGCAAUAGGCCCUGCCUCCUUGGCCACUAGCCUCUGUCUGAGACGGGCCAUCUGAGACUGCGGGAGGCAGUUCUGCAUGGAUUCUUUUUUUACUUGGUGCCUGAGUUCUUCUUCUAGGCAAGUGGCCAGUUGUCACUUCCCCAAUUUUUGGUGAUGACUGAGCCCAGGGGUAUCGCGGCGUCCUACCCACAAUCCCACUGAGCACUUCUCUGUCCCUAUUGCACAUCGCUCCCAGCAUCUGCCCUUGGGCGGUAGCCUCUCCAGCCUCCUCUCCCGUCUCCUGCCUUCAUUUCACUCCUGAAGCCCCAACGCCUCAUCCCCAAAGGUGGGUCUCCAGCGAGUGGCCUCUGCAUUCUUCGAUGAAUGAUUUCGCUCCCAUACUUCAGCUGCAGCAGGAAGAGGAGAGAGGCCUCCAGGAGACUGACACCCCAGUGAGGAAUUGCAGCUUCGCUUCUGCCCACAUCCUGCACACGAGGGCUGGAUGGAGAACCUCUGCCCUCAAAUGCCCAGUGUAGGUCCUUCCAGGCCCCUCACUUCCCCCGCCAUCGCGAACCUUUCUCCUCCCUGUCCCCCUUCAGUGCUGGGGGUGUGGAGGGCCUCUGCCUCCAAGUUCAGCUUCUCACUGUCGCCUACCCCUCCAUCUGUCUGGGGAGCAGAGUCCAGUUGUGUGUGCCUUGGGCCCAGGGAACCUUCCAGCAGCCUGUUGGGUCAGGAUUCAGUAGAUGGCUCCUAGAUAUGCCUACAGGUGGAAUAAAGGUCACAGAUUUGAUUUCUA